CACGAGCUCAAAUAGCUAUACUAAGGUCAGCUGAUCAUCUGUGUCACGAUAUGGCUUUAUGGGUCGCUCGAUUCGCGCCAAUGAAUCGUUAGAUCGCAAAAACAAACGCUCGUAACGUUCCUUAACUCUGAACGCGCGAGUCUUUAAAACUAAGAUCUUCAGUUACUCAAAAGGCAUUUUGGUUAGCGCCAUCACAAUUCUGCCGACACUGCUACACUUAAUUAAUUAAUUGACACUUGUUGCUUCUCUUCGUAACACAUUUUACAGUUCUUCUUUUCUUAAAGGGACAGUUCACUCCAAAAAAGGAUCCAGUCAGUUGAUUCAAUCAAACCGAGUCUUCGUGGAGCAUAUCCUCAUUCUCCAUUCACUUUCAUCGUGCAGUGAACUCUGCAUAAUAACAUCUCCUUUCAUGCAUCACAGAAAAACAAUCGGGUUUGAAAUUUUAUUAGAAUUUUUGGAUGAAUUGUUCCUUAUCAGUCAGUUUUGACAUGUACUGUUGCUUUAAAUAUGUUAAUUUUUCCAGCCCUUACUACGCUACUCCAAUAUUCCAAAAACCGUUAUCCAAAAACCGUUAUUAGGCUAUUUAUUAACGAAUGGCGAUAUCUCUUCUACAACGAUUUAUAUUGUUAUUAUUUUCCUAUAUAUCACUUAUCAUUCAAUCCACCUUAAUUUCUCUUUAAUUAUGUAAAACCGUGAUAUAUCCUGUCGAGUGUGCUGGAUUUUCCCCUCAGCGGGCAGAGGACAAGAACUUGACCAAACACGUCAGAACAGUGACAUCGCUUCUCAAUGCGGAAACUAAGUGGUUAAAUAGCUCUAACUUGAUUUCACUCAACCUACUUUGAAGAAAACCAGCUGUCACGGUUCCGUCUCGCGCGGCUUCUGGAAUGAUCGUGUCUGCUUCUUCUUUCAGCUCGCGGACCUUCAGGAGCUCCACUGCUCGCGCCAGAUAACCAGUAGUGCUCUGGCAUCUGGCCAGGUGGAGAGCCGUGGUCCGAUCUCUCACGCCCCCAACAGCCCCGCAGGAAUGGAGAGCAGUCAACCAAUCACCAUCACAGACCCGGAUACACGGCGGAAGAAGAAACGCAGAACUCGGGCCGCGGACAGUUUCACUGGCAAAUUUAGUGAUCUGUACAAGCUGACGGACGAGCUGCUGGGUCAGGGAGCUUAUGCUAAAGUCCAGGGCUGUGUGAGUUUACAGAACGGCAAUGAGUAUGCUGUCAAGAUAAUUGAGAAGAACGCUGGUCACAGUCGCAGUAGAGUUUUCAGAGAGGUGGAGACGCUUUACCAGUGUCAAGGAAAUAAGAACAUUCUGGAGCUCAUUCAGUUUUUUGAAGAUGACUGCUGUUUUUAUCUGGUGUUUGAGAAGUUGCUUGGAGGUUCCAUUUUAACACACAUCCAGAGUCGAAAGUACUUUGAUGAGAGAGAGGCAAGUCAUGUAGUCAGGGAUAUAGCACAUGCACUGGACUUUCUGCACAACAAAGGAAUCGCUCACCGGGACCUUAAGCCUGAAAAUAUCCUAUGUGAAUAUACUAAUAAGGUUUCUCCUGUGAAAAUCUGUGAUUUUGAUCUUGGGAGUGGAGUAAAGCUAAACAGUGCCUGUACCCCAAUAACUACCCCUGAGCUCACCACACCGUGUGGCUCAGCAGAGUACAUGGCUCCUGAGGUGGUGGAGGUCUUUACGGAUGAGGCUUCGUUCUAUGAUAAGCGCUGUGACCUCUGGAGCCUUGGAGUGAUUCUCUACAUCCUGCUCAGCGGGAGUCCUCCCUUCACUGGCCACUGCGGCACCAACUGCGGCUGGGAACGAGGAGAGACGUGUCAUGCCUGCCAGAACAACCUGUUUGAGAGGAUUCAGGAGGGGAAGUAUGAAUUUAGGGAUGGAGUUUGGGCUCAGAUCUCAGCCGAUGCCAAAGAUCUGAUCUCGCGGCUGCUGGUGCGAGAUGCCACUCUACGGCUGAGUGCUGCCCAGGUCCUGAAGCAUCCCUGGGUGCAAGGGAAUGCACCUGAAAGAGUUCUUCAAACUCCUCGUGUUCUACAAAGAAACUGCAGCACUAAAGACCUGACGCAGUUCGCCGCUGAAGCCAUCGCGUUCAAUCGGCAGCUGUCUCAGAAAGAGGAAGAGCAGGAGGACUUUGGUGCCAUGGUCUGCUCCAUGAGGCUCUCCCCUCCAUCUAACUCUAGAUUAGCCCGACGCCGAGCACAGUCUCAAGCACUACGCACCAGUACCUGACACCUGCCCACCGACAGGUGCCCUGGUUAUACUCGUGCACCCCAUAGUGCGUUAUAAGCCUUCAUACGCAUACAUUCUCUGGUGAACUGAAUGGGCAUGAACAUGUGCAUAAGACACAUGUAUAUGCAUCACAGGCCUAGUGCUACCAACUUGUAGCACAGACUAGCCUUAUAUAUACAAACCAAAACAUCCACACGAUUCUAAUUUAUUUACAGGUCUUUUACUCUGUGUAAUGUGAGUUUUGUGAAUUUUAAGCAUCAUAUAUUGUGUUUAUAUAUAUAUAUAUAUAUAUAUAUAUAUAUAUAUAUAUAUUUAUAACCAAAUAUUUAUGGCUGGCAGUGUUUGUCAGUCUGAUAUAAAAAGGGUGCUCAGCUCUGAGGGAAUCUACAGAUGUUGAUUUUAAUGUCGCCACAUCAGUGAGCCUUUUAAUCUACAAAAAUUAGCAUUUUUAUACUUAAAACAAGUUUUUACAUUUUCAAAUUAACUGUAAAGCACUGGACAUCUUGCUUUGUUACUUAUCUAUAGUUUGUUUUAUAUUAGUUCUAGCUGUAGUCUAGUUACAGUUAUUGUUGAGCGAAUAAUGUUUUGGUUUAUUUGAGCUAUGUAAAGCCAUGCUGCCACGUCAUGUGUCUUAAGUGGAAAUGCAUUUGAGAGCUAUUGCUUUAAUGAGGGUGCUGAUGUGGUAUUAUAUACAUUUGACCAGAUACUUUCAGCUCAGAUAGUUAGUUAAUAUUGCACAGUAUGUAUUUUUGUCUUUUCAGAUUUCAGAUAAUUAUAUUUUUUUCAUUUUAUGUAUAUUUUUUCAUAGUUCCACUUAAUAUAUUUUAGAGUAUUUAACUUUAUUUUGUUGUAAAAGUGAACUGUUUUUUUAUGCAUCAGGGCGAUGAGCCUGUCCUGCAGCCGAUUCAGUUAUAAGAUGGAGUACAUUUUAUUAUUUUUGUUUGUAUUAAGUGUAAAUUGUGCCAUUUUUGGGGGGCAGAUUUCCUAUUGUGCAACAUAACUAAAUUACCUCUCAGUUGCCUUUCAAAUUAUAAAACAUGCAUGUUUAUUUUUCCUGUUAUUUGUUGUUUAAAAUGCUAUUUGAGGUGAGAGGAAAUUGAAUUUAGUGGUUGUCCAUGUAUUAUGUACAGUAUAUGUACAUUUAUGAGCAUUUCAUGUACCAAGGAUGACUCUAGAGGGCUCUACCUCACAGUAAUGGCUAUGUUCUCAGUAUUCAAUGCUUGUGUGAUACUCUUAUGGCGUAUCAAAGGUUAAUUUCACAAAUGCUGUCUAUGGAAUGGCCAUUUAACCCUAAAAACUCUGGGACAGUUCGUAGGUCAGAGGUGUUAAUUUGGUUUUCCAAUUUUGAGAAAUAAAGCAGGUUGCACUGA